AUGCUCGGUCUAUCUCUACUCUUCCUAUUCGCCAUGAGCAUGGUCACAGCAACCCCUUCUGACCAAAUGACAAUCCCUGGCCUACUUGACAUUGUCCAGUCGCCAGAAUCGGCUGCCGCCCUCAAGGUCAUGCUCGACGACUCUCCGGGCUACUCAUACAUCGACCUUGACCUCAGCGAUGUCAGUCUCCUCAAAGUCUCGGUGAUGCAUGGUGAUGAUGAUUCGGUCAUCUCUCGCAUGGAGAUGCCAACGAACUCCAAAGCCGCUGCCUUCCAGAAAGCUAUUGAUGAGGAGGCCGCCAGUCAAUCGCAGCUAGAGCCUCUGGAGCCAGAAUCGAUCGAUUGA